AUGGCAUACCGAGCGCCCCACGAUAGAGACCGCCGUGUCCACAUCAUCAUCCACCAAGACGGCAUAUCCGUCUCCGUCCUCGGCAUCUUCGAAGAGCUACAAGACGCCAACCGGGACUGUCUGUUCCAAGCUACACAAGCGGGCAUCGAAUUACUACAAGAGUCACCUACGCAUGGCCCCGACAAGCAUCACAUCUCCCCACUUGAGCCCGCGCGGUGGGAUACACCGGACGGCGUGUCGUGCUGGGUUGAGAGCCAUACGGUGGAACCGAGUCGAGUUGCGGCGUCUAACCUGGAGACGCGCUGA